UGUAGCGUUGGCGUCUACAUUCACUAGUUUGCUAUAUGCCGUCGCCGCAUUAUUUUUUUUUUUUUAAUUUUUCCACCGCACGUGUAAUAUUAUAACAUAGUAAUUUUAUUGAACAGGUACCAUUAUCAAUUGUUAACUUAAUUUUUUUAUAGCAGUAUAAUAAUACUAUUGUUUUGGUGUAAUAUAAAUAGUUAGACUUGAAUGAAAUUUAAAACUUCACAAUAAUUUUUAGCGUUGUAGUUGUUUUGCAUCAUCAUGAUUUAUAAUAAUGUUACUAUUAUUAGGUACCAUGUAAACGAUUAGUUUUAAUUACUCUCUCUAUAUUUUAUGUACCGCAGAUGAAUCUGACAAGUUAAAAUAAAACAAAAUAUUAGGUACGAAUCAUUUUAAUCAUUAACCUAUCUUAUAGGUAUAUAGGUGCUUAUGAUUAGUUAGAUAUUUGAUAGUUUUGUUUUCUAACCAAACCACUCGUCAUCGAUUUGAAUACUUAAUAAAAUUAUAAGUACUCACAAACUACGUAUUUACAUAGCAAUAAUAUUUAGAAAAUAAAACGAAAUAUUUUAGUAAAUAUGAUCAAAUAGAAUUUGUUUGUAAAAAUAGAACAGACUAAAAUUAUUUAAGUACAUCAGUCAUUAUUAUGGUACUAUGAUAGUAUGAUUAAACUUUACUGUUUUGCAUUUUAGAUUUUUGUAUUUGUUUGGACGAAAUUAUCGACUUUAUGAAUAAUACUGUUUAAUGAAGAAAAAAAAAAUGAUUGAUUCCGGAAACAUGUUAUUUCUCAGCACAUUUUACCUUACGUCCUGUUUAACCGUUGGUAAGUGAAAACUUAAAUUGUAUUACAUUUAUUUAUUUACUAUACUUCUUAAUAUUCCUAUAUCCGGGUCCACACUGCUUGAGCGUGCUCGUUGUAUUAGUAAUCACAAUUGUGCGCACGGGAUCGACUACGUUUACGGUAAAAUCGAAUACGUACCGUAGUCCGUGAACAAUGCGCAAUAUGCUAAGAUCGUCCCAAAAGAUGUUCUAAGGAAUUUGUAUGUCCGUGAGUCGAAUGCACAAGACUCAUGAGUAAAUUUGAACACGCGCGAGCAUAUUGUGUCGCAAAAUAAAGUAUAACGUGAGCUCAGCUAUGGAUGUAAAGACCCGGCUUUGUAUGGUAUCUUGUUUAAAAUGCUAUUUUUACGGUCUCGUCUUUAUUGUAAUUAUACUUCAUACGAAAUAAAUACAUCAUUUAUAGGUUUAUAAUUCGGUACUUGAAUUGGAAAACAUUUAAGAAGGGUAUCUACACACAAAUAUGUAAAAAAUGUAUUGAUAUGCCCAAAUAAUUGAAUGUUUUUAUGUCCACAUAGCAUAUGCCAUAUUAUGUCAUCACCUGAUCUAUCUAUGACUUACGUCAUAGUAGAUUUUGUAGCUAGGGGGCGCCAUUAAGGGGUUGAAAAUAUAGCUUAUUUAUUUAAUUUUGUGGGUGCUUUGAUUCGCAAUUGUUUAAAAAAAAAUGAGGGGCCCCUUGAUGUAUACAAUGUCAUAAUAUAUUUUAAACAUUGGCGCCACUGUGGCAUAAUAUAUUAUAAUAUAUAUUCAUAACAUCAAUAGUGAAAUAUAAUAAUUGAUACACUUAAAUAUUUUUAAAAACAAAUAGGUACGCUCAGCCUCCCCUCUCCAAUUCAAAUUUAAAUAGUGUGUUUUUCUUACGAAGGCUAACUUUUGAAAAUUGCACACUUUUCUCUAAUCUACAGUACUUCACAAACUAGUAGCAUAAUUUGGGCUUGAUCUUAGUGGGAAAGGUGGACAUUUAUUUAAAAAUCGUAUAGAAAGAAGCUACGAUUUUAUAAGCCAAAAUUUGAUAUCAGCCGUGCCUGAUAGUAUCUUAAUUUGCAAAUUUAAACACCUCUGACAUCGUAUUCUUGUAUUCCGCAAGUAACUUUGAACAGUGUAAUUUUAGUUACCACUUAUCAUUUUGAUUCAAAUUUAAUUAAAAACAUAUAAAUUUGUAAUUAUUAUCAUCCCAAAUUUAGUUUCAAAAUUCUUUUAACACUAAUCAUAGAUAAUAAUACCGCACAACAAUAAUAAUGAUUCAUACUAUAACAGUUUAAAAUUAGUUUUGUUUUAUGUCUUAUUAUACAUAAACGUAAUAACUCAAUAUCAAAUUUAAUUUUAAUUUUAAAUUUAUGUUUGAAAAUAGAAAUUCGGAUUAUACAGAAUAAUAUUCCCUGUUGAAAAUGACCCUAGAAAAAUGGUCGCAUUAAAUUAAAAAAUAGUGAAUAGGCGCACUCUUGACUCUUGAGACAAGAUUACCAUUAAAUAUAGUACCUGCAGGUUAUAACUAUAUAUAUUUACAUCAUAGGUCCUUAACCUAUGGUCCGUGAGCCAUACCGACAAAAUUAAAAAAAUAAUUUACAUAAAGCGAUAGUGGUUGUCGGAACCGUCUGAUUUCACACUUCCAAUAUAACAUUUAACAUUAUCUGUGAAAACUUCAUGACUUCAUUUAAUCGAUUUCCCAGAAUCGAUAGGAAUCCGAAGUAUAAUUCAAAAUCAUUUUAAGUCGAUGAUAUCUAGAAAGACGCCUAACAAAACGAACAUUUGUAAACAUUUUGUUUAUAAGUAAAAAAAAAAAAAUCAUCAGCAAAUUAAGAUAGUUAAAAAGUUUGAGGACCACUGGUCUACAGUAAAAUAUAUGCACAAGUAAACACACGCGACUCGUGUUUAUACAUACAUACUCGUAAAAUAUAUUAUACAGAAUGUCCGGGACUUUCAUUCAUCUUAGUCAAAGUUUGAAUACCCACUCAAGAUUAUAAUGUAGCACGAAGGUAUAAAAUCAAUAUUUAUAUCGUGGCCCGUAGGUUCAUGUCAAACUGACCUUACAGUAGCUUUGUUUAAAAAAAAAAUACCCAUUUCACACGCAACAUAUUGGGUAGUUAGGUACUUUUUCGUGCCAUUAAAGUAGGUACCUAUAAUAUACGCGUGUAUACUAUACACAAUAUAGGUACUUUUUAUUUUAUCAAAUAUAUACAGUGAGCUAUAAAAAAACGGGGAAGGUACCUUUAUAUUAUUAUGUAUUCAUAUUUUGAUUAAUCGACCUAGUCCCAAUUAUACUUCGGAUUUAGUACCAUGUGUAUUAUUGUAUUUAUUUUAAAAAUAUAUUAUUACAUAUAUUGAUUAAAUUGAUCAAGUUUAUACGGUACCCAUAUGUUCCCUAUAUUCACUACAUAUAUAUUUCUUAAUUUUAAUACUUUACAAUUAUUUAAAUGUGAAAACACACAAGAUGAUUAUUGAUAUUUGAAAUUUAAAGCAAUAUUAUUAUUCAAUACUCCUAAUCAUGAUUAAUUAAUUAAUCAGACAAACAUACCAAAAAAUUACAUCUAAUACCUAUAUAACUAAUCCAGUUCUAUCUAUCAAUAAGUACGAGUAUUUUAAUUUAUUAUUCUAUGUUCAAAUACUUAUAAAAUUACCUAUCUAAAAAUGAAGACAAGAACCAAAUUCUUGUAUAAAUAUAAUAUUAAUUAAUUAUAUUCUAAUAAUUUAUAUUUCCCUAAUUUUAUAAUAAAAUUAUAUGCGAGAGUAGACAAAAAUCCGAUGGUAAUAGCAUUUCUUAUUUACUUAAUACGAAUUUGCAAAUAAUAUAUAAUAAUAUCAUAAUUAUAAUAUAUAGUAUGCAGGGAUUAAAACAUUGCGUAGUACGACACACUUUAUGUAAUACGAAAUUUUAGGUGUGUAGCAGUACGAAAUUAAAAAGUGUUUAGCAGUUAUAUUAGGAUAUUUAUUUAUAUACAUUUUUAACCUGACAUUUUUUUACACUUUUAAUAAUCAUUAUUAAAGAAAAAAAAAAAAAAUUCUAAAAUGUAUUUUUCUUAAAAUUUUAAAUAACAACAAGUUAACUCGCAAAACAUUGAAAGACAUCACAUAUUAUUUCAAAGAUGAUAAAGACGCGGAAUAGAUUAAAGGUAAAGGUACUUUUAUUAUUGAUGAAUUCAUAUAGGUAAUACAUCAUAAAUCGAAUUAAAACUUAACUUUUUAUAUAUAGUUAAUAUUUAUUAUAUUUCUGAUGUACAAAUUGUACUAGUAAUUAAUUACGUUUUUUUUUAAAAUUUGGUCGAGUUAAAAUAAACAAAUAUACUAAUUUAGUCUUUCAGAGAAAAUCUAAAAUAGCGUCGGUUAUUUGUCCGUUAAUGGGCUGAUUAAAAAUUCAUCUCUAUCCCACCAAAACUUAAAUUGUUCCAUUGAGAUGGAGGAGGGUGAUACCUCUGAUAUAGUAUGGUUUGAUAUAAAAUGUGCAGUGAAAAAGUAUAUGCUUAGCCUUUGCAAUCAUGCAUGUAACGCUAAGGAUAAAACAAACACCGUAAUCUCUAUAUAUAGAAUACAUAUAUACACGUAAAAUAUUAUUGUUAAUUAAUAAAAGCUGACUUAGGAUAAUGGGGACGAGUGUAGCCACUAUUGUGGAUGGAAAGUUGGGAAGUUAGAAUACAGAAGGGAAUUUAAUGUAUAUUUGUAAGAAACGAUAAACCAUUGCUAACGAAAAAACGAUUCUGAUUGCAGUUCAGUUGAUAGUGAUGCUUUGUCAACAAUAUAUAUGUCAUAUUAUGGUAAAAUAAUUAAAUAGGCAUUAUAUAUUAUUUUCUUUAGUAAUAUUUGUUUAAAAUUCAUCUGAUUUUUUCGUUUUUUUUAACAAUAUUCCUAGUUUCCCAUAUUUUACCGUUAUUCACAUUUGUUGGGAAAACUCUUGAAAUAAUCAAAAAAUGAAUUAUUUUGAGUACCUUCACACACCGACUUCCCUUCAGAAAAGAUGCUACACUUAAAAAUCGGAGCAAUAUCUCUGAUAUAAAAGUUGUCCAUAGAAAAAAAUAAAAUGAAAAAAACAUCUUUGUAAAACCAUAAUAAGCUUCUUCGCUCCAUUUAGAAUCGAAAACUUGGAAACAUUAAAAACAAUUUUGAAUAGACAAUUUUUUAUAAAAAUAUCUAUAACUAGUUGGUCUGUCAAUGCUUUUCUAUUGCUGGACAAUAGUGUAGAUCAUAGUAAUAAUAAUAAUAAUAAUAGUUUUUUUGUCCUUAGUCCGUGAAAACGAAAUUGUCAUCCAUAUAAACAAGGUAAUCCAUGAAUAAAUAAAAAUAAAUAAACAAUUAGAUUUGUACCGAAAAUACCUAAAAACCUAAUUAUUGCAAUUUUUGUAGGGAUCUCUAAUUUGUUUGAAAAUAUAUUACAGUCCAUGUAACUCGGGAAUAAUGUAGCUUAUUAUAGGUGACAGAAGUUUUAAAAUAGACUAAAUAAUUUUUGAGCUUAUCUAUUACAAACAUACAAACAAAUAUUUUCUCAUUAUAAAAUUAGUUUAUAGAUAAAUACAAAUUGUAUAUAUAAUUAAGGGAUGAAGAAAAUUUAAAAAAAGAGCUGAUGUCGGGGUUGGGAAGGAAAGAAGGUGAAAAGUUAGGAAGAUAGGAUACACAAGGUUAUUUCAUUUAUAUCUCUAAGCAACGAUAAACCAUUGCUUGACGAUUCCGAGCGCUGUUUGGUAAUACAUAAUUUGAAGUGCCGUAUUUUUUUUUGCGAUUUUCGUUUAAACCUGAUUUCAAAACGCUUAUUAAAAAAAAAAUUCGUCCGAUAAUUUUAGAAAUUUUACCACGUCUAAGUAAGUCCAAUAUAAGUAUUAUUACCAAGUUUAAAGUCUCUACAUAUAUUUAUAACCGAAUUACAAAAAACAAAUUCCCAAAAAUUAAAAUUCCUUAAAAGCUCAAAAGUGUUGGCGAUAAUACCUUAAGAAAUGAAAUCAAAAAGAGUGUCUUGUGAUUUUUCGAUUAAAUCAUUUUUUCUGGUAGAAAACAUCGUCUGUGUUUUUAUAAAAUAAUGAAAUCGAGAAAUUGUACGUUUUCCCACGUUUUUUCCUACUUGGGUGCUUUUAUUGAGAAAAUGGCAUUGAAAAUCAAAAAAUGACUCUUAAAAUACAAUCUAGACAGUUUAAGCUUUCAAAAAAGAUGCUAUAUUUAUACAUCAGAACAAGUUAACUAGGAAAAAACAUGGACACAGACUAGAACAAAAAAAAAAGAAGAGAAAAAAAACAGCAUUGUAAAACCAAUAGCUCCCCCGUUAUGCUCGGAAUCUAAGAAGUAUUGGUUAUAGCUACCAACCAAUUAUAUAGGUUUCUUCUUAAAUUAUAUAUUAGAUCUAAAACUACAGAAAAAUUACUGUAAUUUAAAUUCUGAGUGGAGCGAAGAAGCUUAUAAUUUUACAAAACUGUUUAUUUUUUUUUUUUUUAUCUGUUUGCAACUUUUUACCAGAAGACAGACGUGCUUAGAUUUUUAAGUGUAGCACUUUUUCAGAAAGGAAAUCGGUGUGAGAAGGUUCCUUAAGUAGGUUAUUUUUCGAUUUUCCUAACAGCAAAUGUGAAAAUCCGGGAAAAAACAUAGUUAAACCGGGAAAAACUUAGGGAAACUGGGAAAAUCGGUACUCUAAACAAAUGUUAUUAGUGAAAAUAUAUAAUGCCUAUUUACUUAUUUUACUAUAAAAUGACAUAUAUUGUUGACAAAGCAUCAUUAUCAACUGAACUCCGCUCAGAAUCGUUUUUUCGUAAGCAAUGGUUUAUCGUUGCUAACAGGUAUACAUAAAAUUAUCUAUAACAAUGGCUGCACCUGUUAUCCUAGGACGUCUUUUCGUCUUUUUAGGAUUUUUUUCUAUUGGGGAUUUUUUUAACUUAAAAAUAUAUAUUAAUACAUAUUUAUAUAAUGUAUACUAUAUAACAGGGGUGGCCAAACUGUGACUCUCGAGCUGCAUGCGGCUCUCAUCAUAGAUUCAUGCGGCUCGUAUCCUAUCGUAAGAUACAAAACGUUUUUACAAAAAAAUAUAGUGUUUUUGAUAUAAUAUUUUUAAUUAUUAAAUAAUAUCUUAUUAGUUGCGUGUUCAUUUUUCUUUUUUUUUUAUAAGUUUUUUGAAGUCAGGAUUAUAUGUUGUUAGAGUAGUCCUAAACAAAUCCAUUAAAUUAUCAUCCAUUAAAAUUGAGCGAUGUUAAGUUUUUAUUAUUUUAAUUGUCGAGUAUAAAGACUCUUAUCUUAUUUACGAUAAUCAUAUAUGUAUAUAUAUAUAUAUUAAUAAGACAUUUUUAUUUAUUUCGGCUCUUUCAUAUUUUUUAAUAUAUUGGGGGGGCUCGCGAAGCUCUUCUCGCUGGCCACCCCUGAUAUAUAUUAUAAUAUAAUCUUUAUGAUAGUUUGUUUAGAAGUGAAAUAGCUGUUAUUAUUAAUGUGUAAUGUUGUUAAUGUGCUUUAAAAAUUAAAACAAUGAUGAAAAUAAUGUGGCUUCACUUGUUUUAAAUAUAAAAAUAAUUUUAUAUUCAUUUAUUUUUAUUAUACGAGUGAAUUUUACUUAAUACAGGGUUUUGUAAUUUAAUAUUAAUGCUAUCUCGUGACCAACACAUUUUAAUCGAUUUUCUUAGUUUACUAUCAAAAGGUAUUAGGUAAUCAAUAAUGCCGAUGCAAAAUAGGCCUAUCUAAUAUUUUACGAGUAUUAUACAAUAACUAUUUUUAAGGUUUCUUAUACCAAAAUCCAUGUUGCUGCUAUUUAAGUUUCCUAUGGGCUAAGACUGUUAUAUCUACAACCAUGACAUAAAUUUCAAUGACCGUUUUAGGUACAUACCUAUUACCUAAUACCUGUACUUAAAUAACAUAAACACUAUCCAUAUAACAUCGAGAAUAUUAAAUUUUAAAGUUUAUAUUCAAUUUAUUAUAAUUAUAGAUAUUAGUUAAAAAAAGUUAAUUAUUGACGUUUAUCUGUUUCGGCAUUUUUCUUUAUAUUGGUUUUAAAAAUAAGUUGAAUUAUUUGUAAUAUUAAUAGUAGGUACUUUACUAGUACUCACAAAUACUUUAUUGUUUUGGUUUUAUAAUAAUGGGUAAGAAACCUUUUUUUUGUAAACAAUUUUCCGAAUAGAAAUCUUAAUCCGAACAUCAACUUUUGUUUUCUGGUAAAAAUGUUGUAUAGUUGGUGUAUUGGAAAGGUCAAUUUUUGUUUUUACUUGUACUUUUAUAUUUUAAUACUAGUAGGGAAACUGAAAAAAUCUUUAAUUUUUUUUUUCGUCGUAAUUCAGUGAAAAAUGAUCCUAUAGAGAUCUGAAAUAAUAGUCAAAUACUUAUAUUAGCUAUGGUACAAUUCGAAAUAUUCUGAAGAUCGUUAUACUCUGUAUGUUUCGAGUUAUUCAUAGCUGUUUAAAAUUUUUAAGUAUUUUUAGUAAUAUUUGAAUAAAGAUUUUUGCUUCAUACAAAUAUCCAAUUAUUUUUUUUAAAAAAAUGGUACAUUUUAUUCAUUAUACGUCGUAUUUGGAAGAAAAAAAACGUGCAACUGCUGAUUGGUGUACCAUUGCUAGGUGGGAAUUUUUAAAUGUAUGAUUCAUUUAAUUUAUACAUUUGUGAGCAACGAUAAAUCAUUUGUAAUCAAAAGCAAUUCUGAGCAGUGCUUAUUUCUACGAUUCUUUAAAACAAACUACAACAGAACUCAUUAAUUUAUGAAUUAAAUACUAAUUUGUAUAUAUUAAAACAAUAAGCGCAAUCUGAAAUUUUCCUUCUAUAUCGCAACCGCCACCGCCGGUGUUGUACUCGGAUGCUCAAAUUACCCCCUACAACGUCGCUUUACACAAAAUACCGUGUUUUAAAAAUUGAAAAUGUAAUAAAUUAAACCAAUAUUAGUACUAUGUGAAAAUUUCAAAUUUCUAUGAUUAUUUUUGACCAAAUUACGAUAAAAAUAGUAGAGGAGAAAUUUAAUGUAAAUGAGAACGCAAGGAUUAACCAUAGCUAAAGCAAAAAAUGAUUCUGAGCUGAGUUCGGCUGACGGUGUUACUUUGUCAACAAAAUAUUUGUCAUAUUAUCGUUAAAUAAUUAUAUGUGCAUAAUAUAUGUAUUUUCAUUAAUAAUAUUUGUUUAAUAUUUUACCUAGUUUCCUGUUUUUCCUACGUUUUCCCCAUUCAUUGGGAAUACUCCUAGGAAAAUCAAAAAAUCACCUCCUUAAAGUACAACCCCACUCAAAUUUUCUUUUAGAAAAAGUGUUAUCAUUGUAAAUCGGAGCAAAAUUGCCGGUAGAAAAGUUGUCCACAGAAAAAAAACAUUAUUGUAAAAUCAAUGUAUUCCUCGCUCCACUCAGAAUCUAAAACAUUAUUCCUGUGAAUAUAAAUUUCAUAAAACAAGUUUAAGAAAUACAUUUUAUUUUAUUUCAUGUAUACAAUUGUUUAUAAUCAUUUUAAAUUUAAUUCUAGUUUGUGUAGUAGCUCAAGAAUGGCUAAAUGUAACUUCAAACUAUACAGCAUUAAUGAACGAUCUCAGAAUAAAUUUAUUGGAGCCAGGUAGUGCAGUGCAGCUCUAUGAAAUUAAAAAUAAUAAUUACACAUUAAUGGGUACAAUACCUAUCGAUGAAAAUUGUCAAAAUGUCACUAUACAUUGUGGCGUUAUUACCAAAGGAGGACAUUAUCUACUUCAAUUAGUUUCCAAUGAUACUACAGAGGAUAACGACAUAAUUCAAGUAAAAUUAUUAUUAGAUAACAAUAUUUAUUGCUUUUACAACCUAAACUAAUAGUUUUUAAUCGGUGUGUCAUAAAACACUAAUGUGCCAUGUAUUACCAUAAUAUAUAUCACUAAACAAAUUAUUUUUAAAAUUUGAUUUUAAUUUUUGUCACAUAUGUUGGGUGAAUUAUGUUGGAAGACUAAGAUCUAUGAAUUCAUUUAAGUUUGUUGCCAUUUGUAUAAAUGUUAGUGUUGUAUAUAAAAGGUUAAAAACCACUAAUCUAAGCUAUAAACCUGUCAUACCAUGCUUACCAACUAUAUACAUAUAAGUUACAAAUAUGAAAAUAACUAUCAGAAAGUCCGAGUACAAUUUCAACUUUUUUAAAACUCUUCUUAAUUUUUACCAAUUAAAAAUCUAUAUGCUUUUAAAAAGUAUACAUCAUUACUUAAGAUAAUAGGUACCUAUGUAAUUGAUAAUUGUAUUAUAAAAUGUUUAAAUCGUGUACAUUAGUAUAUUUAUUUAUUUAUUACCAAAUAAAAACAUACCAAAUUAUGUUAACUUAUAAUAAUGGAGUGAAUGAAUGAUAUUCGAUUAAUUUUUUAGACUGAUAUUAUAAUCAGGAUAUACAUUUUUAUAAUUAUUUCAAAUUAGCUGUGUCACUCGACAUAGCCCGUGCCAGUAAUAAAAAUGUUUUCCUCCUGGAUUCUCUGUGAAUUUCUCUCUGGAUUUCCCUUAGAACUUCUUUCCGAUUUUCUCCUUUCAAAGCUGUAUCAUCUGUAAACACCUUGCACCACAUUAAGUCUUCUCAUCCGUAGUCCUCGCUCUCAUCCGAGAACUGAAAAUCCGUCCAAGUCUUUAUUAGAACUCUUCUUAGCGUUUUACCGAAUUGUACACCGGUUGUUGACCUGACGCAACCCCAUUUAUGACUUUUUACGACAGGUAGAGAUACCGUGGAAAUAUUCUGAUCCUAUCCUAUAAGAAAAAUAUUACAAAUGCGAUAUUUGUAAUAUACAAUAUUUUCCUCGGAGGAGAGAAUCAAAAUACUUAAAUUUUAAUUUUUCUAUUGAAUGAAUAAAAAUAAAUUAUUAUAGGAUGGGCAGACUGUUGACCUUGAUGUUCGAUGGCCUGCAGCUAGUUUGUCGUUUGAACCGAAACAGAUUACCACGUACCCAGAUCCGUUUCAACAAAUUGUAAUAGUAAUGGAAUUUGAAGGUCCUCAAUGUGAACCUGCUGUUGGGUCUGCUGUGCCCGUGCUAUGGCUUGAUUUGAUAUAUUGUGGACUAUCUGCCAAUUCAUGCAAGAAUGUCUCCAGAGAGUCUUCCCGUGGUUCUAUUAUAGAGCAUUUGGUAUUGUAUUUAAAGAUCUCCUUUAAUAAUUUGAUUACACUCAUUUAAUCAUUUUAACUUGUUUAAUUUGAUUAGAUUGUUCAUUCUGAACAAAUUCGUGGUUAUCCGGAAUUUAGAAAAAUAUUUUUAAAAUGUGAUAUUUUUGGUAUCGCUGGUUUUUAUACUGCAGUAUUAAGACCACCCGAACGAAAAUCGGUCUUUACACACGUUAUGGAUGGACAGUUAGAGGUAUGAAUAAAAUGUACUGAAUACUUAGAUGAAAUAAUAUUUUAAUGAUGAAAUAAUAAGUUUAAUUUAAGAAAUUUAUUUAUUUAGGUUGUUCCAAGUAAUAAAUUUAAUUUGAGUGUUCAUGGCAAAUCGAUUUUUCCUUGUGAUAAUUAUGGUGGAGGUGUACCCGUUAUGUUCCAGUACCCAUCAUGUAUCUUGCCAACUGCAGAUAGAGUAAUAUGAUUUUCAUUUAUUUUCGAAUCAAUACGAUCAAAAAAAUGAUAUGUACCUUGUGUAUACUAAGAACAGGACCGGCUUGGAAAUUAUCGAGACCCUGUACAGUCAUUUUUCCGGGGCCUCAAUAAGCUUCUUUUUACUUUUUUAUCUUCUAAUACUCAGCGUAGGUAAAUCUUUAUGAUACAAUAAUUUUUCUUAUUUCAUUCAUUUUAAUUUGCAUUUCCCUAAAUAACUAUGUGAAAUUACUGUCUUUCUAUAAAUGGAACUAGACGCAAGGCUUCUAAAAACGCAAGGAUCUAAUUGAAUCAAAUUCAUAGCUUAUGGACUGCCUUCAAGCCGGCCCUGACUAAAAACCUAUAUAUAAUUAGAUAAUAUUACCUACCUACAUAUAAAAUGUUUAAUAGUUUAUGCGUUAUAUAUUCAGAAGUUUUUUUCUUGUACGAAUUAUAUAUUUGUAGUAUGUACUAACAUAUAUAAAGAUAAUUUUCCAACUCCAAUAUGAUUUGAUAGUCAACUAUUAAAUUUACUCAAUCUGAUUCUAUAAUUUUAUUUAAAAAAAAGUAUUAUCAAAAACUAAUUCAAUGUUAAAAAUUGUAUUAAAAACGUAUUUAUUAUAUAAAUAUUAUAUAUAUAUUAAAAUAUAUAAUAUAAUAUAUAAAAUAUACAAUAUAAAUAUUGUAGACCUAUAGGUAAUAAUAUUUUAGUAAGUACUUAAAUGCUCUAAACUACAAAAUAUUAUAACAUAUAGAUUUUGGGAGUUAUUAAUUAAUUGUUUCAAUCUUAUACAAGUCUAACUUGACUUUUAAUAUUCUGUAAAAACUUUUUAAACUUUUUUGUUUUUGUACCUAUUUUAUUUAAAUGCUAUAAACUUGUUUUUUUAGAUCCGAUUAUUUGGCCGACAACGAGAAGAUGUUUCUACUUUGGUCCCACCCACUACAUUGCAUUACGUAUCUGAGCAUAUAAUAAUUAAAGGGCGUCAUAGUGUGAAUUUCGAUUGCGAUUUGUUUUCAGAAAAAUACAUUGAGUAUUGUUUUGUGUACGUGAAUACAGCUAUAAACGGAGCUUUUACAAAUAUCAAAACCAACUGUGUGCCGACAUUACCGAUCACUGGUAUAUACUAAUAAUACAUGAUACUUAAAAAUUAAUUAUGGUGCUAAUAAUAAUAAAAUAUUCAAUUAUUUUUUUUGUAGAAAAUGAUGCCGGAAAAUGGAGUAAAUGGAGCGAAUGGUCACCAUGUUCGACCACGUGUUAUGGAGGAACUAGAAACAGAUAUAGGACUUGUGAUUCACCCCCACCAAAAUACGGAGCCAAAUUUUGUCCGGUAGGUACCUAUACAGGGUAAUUUUUUUAUAUUUUUUUAUGACAAUUUAAAAAACAAGCAGCUUUAAAAGGUUACACUUCCAUUUGUCACCCUUAUUUUUGGAGUGAAAUCACUACCUACUUUAGUAGUAUGAAAAAGACAGUUCUAACUCAGGAGGAGCGGGAGCGGCAGCAUGCUCAAUUUUGUGUGAGAGCUAUAUCUAUAACAUGGACCCCAUCCACGAUCUUGUGCAGGAAUAUGAUCAAAUCCUAAGCUAAUCCUAAGCCUAAAGCUAAUGCUAUACCUAUAACAUGGCUGCCCAACCACAAUCUUGCUCAAAUCAUAAGAUGAUUCUGAGCCUAAGCUGAUGCUAGACUUUAAAAUGGCCACUCUAAUUGCCCACCUAUUCAUCGACCUAUAUUUUACCUACCCCCUCUUUUCAUAAUAUUUUUUUUAAAUAUUUUUUUUUAUACAUAAAUCCUAUGCUAUACCUAUGACAUGGUCAUCCAACUACGAUCACGAUCAUGCACAAAUAUUACCGAUCAUUUUUAAUACAUUUUUUGCAAGACUUUUCGCAACAUCGUGAGACAUCAGACACCCCCCGCCACAUCGAUAAAAUAUUACACACAUGUGCUACUAUGAACAAUAUAUUUUUUUUGCCACCACCACUAUGAUAAAAUAUCACACGACUAAGCUUACCUAUCGCAUAUGCACAUAAAAUGUAUCGACACAUCAAUCACAUAUAUCGAUAACAUAAUUAUUAGAGUACCUAUAUAUAUAGUCGUUUCCAUAGAUGAUAGAAUUAUCAUACUAUGUACCGAUCUCGAGUACCUAUUCGAAAAUAUUAUUUAAUAGUAUUACUUAUGCUCGCCAUACAUAAAGAUACAAGUAUUUUUAAUAGCAAUGCAGUAUAUGGGUAUGAAAAAUAUAAUCAUUGGUGUCACCGUUAUCGUGCGAGUCCGCACAUAUGUGGGUCCAAAGAUCAAUUACGACCCAUAUCUUUCACAUCUAUUUACCUACAUAUACACGUAUACACUUUGUUAAUAAAAUGUUGUUAACUAAUAACUCAUAAUGUUUUAAUAUGUUUUUAUAAAUAUAAGAAUAGAUAUUAUAUAACCUUAGAUGGGUGUGUGUUUAUUUUAAAAUAUAAUAGUUUGACUAAAUUUAACAAUUUUUUUAAAUUUAAUAUCACAUAUAUGUUUACAAAUUUUAACAACAUUUUAUUAACAAAGUGUAUACGUGUGUAUGUAGGUAAAUAGAUGUGAAAGAUAUGGGUCGUAAUUGAUCUUUGGACCAACAUAUGUGCGGACUCGCACGAUAACGGUGACACCAAUGAUUAUAUGCUGCCGCUCCCGCUCUUGAGUUAAAACCGGCCUUUUCAACUACUUACUUUGAUUUCUAAAAAGGAACCUACCUACAAAAUGCCAUCAAUAAAUGGAAUAUUAAUUGAAAUACAUUUUGAUAUUAACAUUUUUGAUUCCGUCAACCCGUUCUACUUUUAAAUUUAAAUAAAGGGAGAGUAAUGGAGCCUCAUUAUUAAGUGGCGGCAAGGCGCGUGGCCUUUUGAUAUGAAAAAUGAAAAAGAAAUAUUAGGAAUGUAAUAUUUUAAAGCUGCUUAUUUUUUUAAUUUCCUUAAAAAUAUCAAUGCUUUUAGAAAUAAUAAGUGUUCGACGAUAAAAUAGUUACUCAGUAUAAACAUUACUUCAGUUUUCAAUGCUUUUAUGUGGUGUAGGUACAAAAUAACUAUAUAGUAUAUAAAUUACAUAAAUAAUUAAAUGCAUGUAAGUAUGUAUGUGUGUUAUCUUCAUAUCAUAUCAUGUCUUAGGGUCCAUCAUUAGAAACGCAAUCGUGUGGGGAAAAACAAAUGUCUGGAAAUGAAUGUAGCAAAGUUGAACAGCAAAUCCAAAAAUAUAAUAACACCUCAAGUACUGGUUUUUUGCCUAUAUACACAAAUAGUGAACUAAGUUCUGAAUGUCGAUGUGGAUGCGUUAUUCACAUGUCCAAAGCAACCCGAACAUUAUCGGCCACAACUAAUGGGUGUCCCGGAAGGUCAUUUUGGUUAAUCAAGGUUUGUAUA